UGUGUUCUUUUAUUUCCUUUUAUGCUCACUCAAUUCUCGCCUCUGUUUUGUUUUGCAUACAUUGCCAGAGAACUCUAAUCGUUCCGUGUUCAAGCAAAGCCACACCGUUUGACACCCACUUUCUCUUACUAAGAAACCCUAAUCGCGUCUUGUGGUCACUCCCUCGCACCGUGAAGGCCUCUCGCCGUCCAGUUCUCUCGCAGUCGAACCUUCUUGCAGUCCAGUCCUCUCGCAGUCCAGUCCUGGCACUGUCGAGCCUUCACGCUAGCGAGUCCUAGCUCUAUCGAGAUCUAGUUUUGUCGACCCAUCGCGUUUUGUGCCACUUUAUUAAGCAGCGUGACAUCAACUGGAAGAUUGAAGGUUCUGCAAUUCUAUAUGUUUUGGUGUGUAGCAGGUUGUUGAAAACAUGGCCAAGCAUCAUCCUGAUUUGAUUAUGUGUCGAAAGCAGCCAGGGAUUGCCAUUGGGCGACUGUGUGAGAAAUGUGAUGGCAAGUGUGUGAUCUGUGAUUCUUACGUGCGUCCUUGUACACUUGUCCGCGUUUGUGAUGAAUGCAACUAUGGAUCGUUUCAGGGUCGAUGUGUCAUAUGCGGAGGAGUAGGAAUAUCUGAUGCCUACUACUGCAAGGAAUGCACGCAACAGGAGAAAGAUAGAGAUGGUUGCCCUAAAAUUGUUAAUUUAGGGAGUGCCAAAACUGAUUUAUUUUAUGAACGCAAAAAGUAUGGUUUUAAGAAAAGAUGAUGAGGGUAGUUUACUGAGAUGCUUGUAUCUCUUAAAACUUUUUGUACGUGUCUUGUUCGGAUAUAAGAAUUAUAGGAUGUGACCUUGAGUUUGUAAACUUUUAUAUGUUAAAAUGCUUGUUUAGAUUGCUGCUGAUAAAAGAAUUAUGGAACCAUCAUCAACUUGAACUACGGUAAGAUCAUUGUUUGUAUUCGUUGCUGAUUUAAACAAAUGGUUUGAUGAAGUGUUUA